AUUUCCUGUCAGCUGACAUUUGGUAAAGGAAGAAAAAUCAGUAAUAGUAUUGCGUAUUAAUGGAUCUGACAUCCUAAAAAGAAAAACAAUAUAAGGCCGUGUUCGUUGUUGCACCUUUCGCCAGAAAUUUCAUUCUUAUGUUAAAGUGAAUCCAAAAUCAUGCCAAGGUUGGAACAAAUGGCAGCCAAUGAUACCAAUAGUCAGGAGCCAAAUGAGGAAAAUGAGAAUUUGGAGAACCUGGGACCCCAAGAGCCAAUGACCAGAUCAGGAUCAGUCCGUUCUGGGUCAUUUCGUCACCAUAAACAUCUUCAUCGACAUAAUCAACUUGGUAACAGGGACGGCAACAAUGGGGGCACAGAUAAUGAUGUCAGUGGGCGGGAGAAUGUCACACAGCAGCCAACUAACAACAGACCUGGCCCCAGAGGAGCAAACCUGACCAGAAUGAGAUCAUUCUACACACCUUCUAUGGAAGAUAAACUGAUGAGGAAGCUCAAGUUCUUCUUCAUGGGUCCACAUGAGAAGAUUGUGGCGAGGAAACGGAUCCCAUGGAAACUCCUGAUACAGAUCUUCAAGAUUGCUCUAGUUACUGCUCAGUUGGUGCAGUUCGGUUACAGUCGAUCAAGUUUUGUGGAGUUUACAGAGAAAUCUACGAUCGCGAUGAGGCAUUUCUUCUUAAAAGACUGGACCAAUUCAUACGAGACCAUGCCCUACCCUCCCGCUAUUGGGAAAUACGCCCUCUACACGAUAGAUGAGAUAACGGACACAAUCGACCAUGCAAUGCAACAGUAUGACAAAAUAGAAAGGGAUGCCAUUGGAUCACUACGAUUCAAACGGUACAGUAAUCACACGAUCAAGCCAAUCAAACUAUGCAUCCACAAAUAUCGCUCAGGACAGAUAAACGAGUCACAGCAGACUUACAAUCUAGACUCACAUGUUGAUAUAGAUUGCUAUAAAGUUGGAAGGCUUGAAAAUGGAACAUACAACAUCACAGAGUACCUUUUAAAGUCAUACAAUUUGACCAUUGAUUUUGAUACAGUGCUGAUAUUGGAAAUGAAGUUUUCCCUAUCGCUUUUCCGGCUUGAGAUGAAACAAAGGACUUUUCCACCACAGCUCUUUACAAUGGAUACUACAAUUAGUAUGGACGACAGCAACAAGGAUGGUCAGAUGCUGGUCACCCUUAACAGUGAAUUUGAAGAGCUCGAGUUAGACGGACACUCAACAUAUGAUGAUGCCCAGAAGACGGACAAGUGGGGUCGUGUAGUGUUGGACGUGUUUGUCAUCAUUUUCACGUCCCUAUCUGCCUUACUGUGUUGUAGAUCAGUGUGUAGAGCUCAACAGCUUAGAAGGGCCACAAAUGAGUUUUUCAAGGCAAGACAUGGUAGGUCAAUGAAGACAGCUGACCAGUGCGAAUUUGUGAAUUUGUGGUAUGUGACGAUCAUCAUCAACGACGUGCUCACCAUGGCUGGGUCAGGGUUGAAAAUACAGCUAGAAACACGGAACUUAAAGAGCACAUCAAACCACUUUGACUACUGCAGUGUGAUGCUGGGUACCGGCAGUCUGCUUGCCUGGCUCGGUGUUCUUAGAUACAUCGGAUUCUUUCAGCAGUUUAAUAUACUGAUUGUAACUCUGAAGAAAGCUUUCCCGAACAUGCUGCGGUUUCUCACGUGCUGUUUCAUGCUCUACAUCGGCUUUGUUAUAUGCGGAUGGGUGGUUCUAGGACCAUAUCACUUAAAGUUCCGUCAGAUGAGCACUGCCUCCGAGUGUCUUUUUUCUCUAAUCAACGGAGACGACAUGUUUGUUACAUUUUCUGCGACGGUUACAAACAACCAGUUGGUCUGGUACUACAGCCGCUUCUACCUUUACCUAUUUAUCUCCCUUUUCAUCUACGCUGUUCUCAAUCUGUUCAUUGCGGUCAUCAUGGAUACUUACGAGACAAUAAAGGAAUACUAUGAAGGGGGUUUCCCAAAGAGCGAGUUGUUUGAGUUCAUAGACAAGUGUACGGAGAGUGCCAGCUCUCCCAAGUUCCGACAAGAGGAUGACAGUUGCUCGUGUUGUGCACUCACUGCCUUGUGUUGUUGUUGUUCAGGUGGCAAUCCAGACAAACCAGAUGAGUACACAAGACUUAUACAGUGAUAUUGCUGAUCUCGAGAAAGAGUGACUUUAUGGAGCAUGGUGUUUAUGUACAAAUAGUGAGAAUGGAGAGGUUGAGAAACUUGUACGUGUAACUGUAUGUACAGUUAACAGUUGCUGUUGAGUUUAAAAGUUGUUUGCAAAAUUUAUUUAAACUUGUACUUGCAGACUCACAGUUAUCACAUGAAUAACUUUCCUCAUACCAAUGUAUGUGUAAUCCUAAAUUUGUACAAGGUACACAUAUUUCGAUGAUGAUCGUACUACACAAAAAAUAUAUCCACCUGUACAUGUACCUGUUCAAAUUGUGUGUUACAACCUCUUCAUUGACGUUUAAAAUGAGGUGAUUAUGACAAAAUACCUUGCAUAAUCAAAAUAACUACUUUAUUCACUGAUAUUGCUGGGCUUUGCCUAGAAGAGCAUCAGCUUCCAUGAACAACAAAGUGAUGGGCUAUAAAAUCUUGUUAAACAAGCGUGUAAUUUGCAUAUGAUCAAAAGGGCUUUAUUGCAAGAGAAUGCUUUUCCUGCCAGAAUUUUGUGUGAUAGACUUGACUGUUUGGAUGAAAUGCCACACUCUAGAACAAUCCCUCAAAUGUUCGUGAUCUCCCGUAAUGGGUCAUGAUGUGAUUUGCGGAGACAAUUUGAAUACGAUUGAACUCUUAAACUGAGCUAAAAAUGAAAUUCAGUAUUGUAUGAAUUGUUGCUUUGUCUCAAAUAUAAAAAUUGUAAAUAUAGAUUUAAAAUGCAAUUUAAAAUGACAAAUUUUGUUUGUUUUGUAUUCUUCUGUAUAAAUUUAACUCGUAUACAUAUUAAUAUAUUAGCAUUUGUUUAAUAUUUGCUGACAUAUACCACCAACUAUGUCUGUUUGUACAAUCUUUGUGUAAAAACUUCACUUGUUUUGUUUCUUUUAAGGUAUGGCAUCCAUCAUUAAAACAAAAAAGCCACUUGUAAAGUUUCAUUUCAAAAGUUUUGACUGAGAACUUUUUCCGAUAUAGCCUCUAUAGGCAUUAUGCUAUUUAACAAACAAAUUGAUAAGAUUGCUGUAUAAUUAUAGUCAAAUUUUGUUUUAUUAACUCCCUUUAAUAUAUCAUGUCAUAAUGUUAGCAUCAUUAUAGUUUUAUUCAAAAAUGUAAUCCAUGCAAAAAUAAUGUAAUGUGCACUAAUACAUCUUUGCAUCCUGGUGAUGGAUGACUUACCUUAAAGGCCUAGUUUAAGAAAUGUUUGGCAUGAUAAUCUCCUGCUGUACGUCUUCUGCUAAUUGCACUGGUGUCACAGUAGGGGCCAAUUUCCUGUAUAUUGGUUUAUUGGCUUAGGGCCAUUUGAGGUCCAAUAUAAUAAUGGAACCUCCAAAACUGCACAGCAGAAUACUCAGAUUGGAGAUCUGAUAAGAGGGAUCAAGGCAAGUAGAUUAAUAUCAAUACACAGAGGUCGUGUACUAUACACCUAUUUGGGGGAGGGGUGGGGUCUCUUAUAGAAGGCUGAAACUAGGCCUUUAAAGUAUUUGUGAAUUCAGCAAUUAUUGCCGAGUGUGUUUAGUCAUCGAAAUAAGUAUUUUGAUGAACAAGCCUGAAUUCAUAUACUUCUGCUUGGCAUUGCAUUUUUUGAACAAGCCCUGCUGUAUAAAACCCAGAAUUUGAACAAGCGCGGAAAGCGUUUUACCAGUGCAAGGCUUGGCCCAAGGCUUGUGUUUAUUUUGACCACUGUGUGUUUCUAUUUAAUAAAAAAAGUGAAUAUUGUGCUAGUGGUGAACUGGAAGGGCAUUUUUUUUUGCAUAUGGUGCUAUAAUGUAAUAAGAUAAUUAUACAUAUUUUGCAUAAAUAUUGCCUCUUUGUUAAUACUCAUUUUAUGUUUUAUUCCCAUGAUGCGUAACAUGUUGGUCGUUGACAUUCACUAUUAAUAGUAUAUUAUUAUCCAUUUUUCUUUUGAAAUAAACCAAUAUGCUGUUUAUUAACUGGAUAUUUUCUUUUGCUGAAUUUCUGGAUAGAUAUUUAUUAAAAAUUUGAUUUCUACUAUAAGCAAGCAUUGAUAAGUUGUGAAAAUUAUUCCUGUCAGUUGUGUGAAUUGUAAAUUUUGCUACUUUAAUUGAAACAAAGGUUACUCAAAAAUAUUUUUUUAAAUUAUAUUAUUUGUUUUGUUUAAUUUAUAUAUUAUUAGCUCUGGCUGCUUAUUUAUUAUAUUUUAUGUUGUUAAAAGUUGUCAGGUGUGUUAUGUUUGUCAUUAAGGUUCAUGUAUACAAAAUUUGUAAUUCGCAAAUCGAUGUUUCUAUAUAUCAUGUCUCCAACAAUGCCAUUGGUCAUGCGGCGACCCCAUAUUUUUCCAUAUUCGGUCACUAAUCUUUAUAUAAGACCAAAUUGUUUGUUUUUUCGAUGAAUAAAUGAAAUUUUGAUCAAUGUAUACAGGUUGUUAACAUGAUAUAUUUAUGUUACAGGGUUAGCCCAAUAAGAGAUAUAUGGGGCAAAAAAACAAACUUAACAUGAUUUCCAUGGUGUAAAAUUGUGAUAGAUAAAUAUUUUUGCACUCUGAGAAUUUCUUUAUAUAAUAUUCACUUUUAAGAGGUAUUUCUAGAUUACACUUAUAAACACAAAUUUAUUCCAUAGGUGGCAAUAUCAGUCGGGGAAAGGGGAUUUUAUUUAUAUAUAAUUAUUACCCUGCCCCGGCUUAUUAAGUGAUUUUUUAACUUUACUCACUUUUACAAUUUACAGUAAUUAUCUCACUGGUCAUUGGAGUUAAUAACUUAAUUAUUUAUAAAUAAUUUAUUUUCAUUGAUUUAACUAAAGAACACACUUUUAAAAAAAACUAAAACAUUAUACUUAUUUGGUUAAUUUGAGUGUAAAUAAUUUUAGAAAACAACUUAAGAUAUGACUUUAGGGACGGAAUUUAAAAACCUUUAAAUAGCGAAAUGUUCAACUUUUUGAAAAAAGUCUUAGUUGAAACUUAGUGUUUUUAUACAAAAAAAUGAAAAUAAGUAUGGAAAAGAUCCAAAUAUUAAAUGCAUGAAAAUUCAUUUGAUCAAAACUAAAGGGUUUUUAAAUUAUAAGUUUUUGUUGUUAAAAAAUUGAAAUUUUCUCUAAGAUGAAGAUUUAUGAAUAUCACACGCCUUAUGUUUUGUAAAUACCAGUCCUGCAUUCCUAUUAUGGAUAUUAAAAAAUCUCCAUCCCUGAUAGAUACUUCCAUCUGUGGUAUGUACCACUCUGUUGGUAAUAUCUAAUUUAGUAGUCAAGAAUCAAAUUUUCCAAAAAUAUCUGUUUUGUAUGUUUGUAUAUUUCACCAAGUCAUUCGUGUUUUUAUAAAUAAAAUGCUAAAUGUAACAUUUAUGAUGCAAUUUGCAAAUAUAUUAUUUAUAAUAAAAGCAACUUUGUAAACCUU